AUCACCUCAAACAUCUCAAUCAAACAUUCAAUCAUGAAUAACAACAAGUUAAUCACCAUUGUAGCACUCAUUUGCUUUGCAAUUGCUGUUACUGCUGCCGCCAGACCAACAACAACAGAGACAGAGUACCGCUCAUUGUUUGCUGGAUGGAUGCUAAAGUACCAACGUAACUAUGAGCACCAUGAGUUUGCUCAUCGUUAUGCUACCUUCAAGGCCAACCACCAGUACAUUGUCAACUGGAAUGCUCGCAACAGCCAGACCAAGCUCGGUUUGAACAAGAUGGCCGACCUCACCAACUCUGAGUACCAAGCACUCUACCUCACCCUUCGUGCCCGCACCGUCCAGACCGAGGUCGAGUCAUUUGUUCGAGAGACACCAAUCGUUGGAAGUGAUGUCACCAUCGUUGACUGGAGGGCUCAUGGAUUCGUCACACCUGUUGACGACUUUGGUAUGUGUGCUGCCAGCUAUGCCUACGCCGCUGUUGGCUCGAUGGAGACAACAGAGGCCAUCGUUAAUGGCAAGUUGAUCCCACUGUCUGACCAACAAAUCAUUGAUUGUUCGGCCAAGUUUGGUAACCAGGGCUGCAACAGCGGUCUUCCCCUCUACACCUUUGAAUACGUGGUCGAGAACAAUGGAAUUGAUACUGCCGCCGCCUACCCAUGGACCGGCAAGUCGGGCAAGUGCAAGUUCUCACCAACUGAGAUCGGCGCCAAGUUCUCAAGCUACGUCAAUGUCACCACUGGCUCCGAGGCCAGUCUCGAGGCUGCCGUCAACCUCACAUCAGUCGCCGUGUUGGUCGACGCCUCCCACUCCUCCUUCCAGCUGUACGACGGUGGUGUCUACUACGAGCCAGGUUGCUCAUCCACCGAGUUGGACCUAGCCAUGCUCGUCGUCGGAUAUGGUAUUCAAACACCAUCGACUGGCUACUGGAUCGCCAGAAAUGACUGGGGCGUUGACUGGGGUGUCAAUGGAUACAUCAUGAUGGCCAAGGACAAGCACAACAACUGUGGUAUUGCCUCAGCCGGAAACUAUCCAAUCGUU